UAUAUAUAUACAUAUAUGUGUGUGUGUAUUGUGCAGGAACGCCUUUCCUCCCUUCAUGAAUCAUUCUCUAAUCGAAACCUUGGUCACAUUAUCAAAGUCAAAAAUACAUUCCUUUUACACCUUAAUACAUUCUUUCCACGUUGAUCGUGCACUUUUCCUUUCAUUUAAGCCUUGAGAAAACAAAGAAUAAUAACCUCCCAUCAAUUAAUUUUUAUUGCCAAAUCUACACCAUGAAAUUCACGGCAAUCUCAAUUUGUCUUCUUGUGGCCCUUACAUUUUCCGACGGAGCUUUAGGCUAUGCAUCGCCUCAUGUACAUCGUCGAGCAUUGGGAUCACGUGCUAGCAAUAAUGCUCGAUCUAUGUAGGUCAUCACUGCUAAUUCUCUAGUAUAAUAAGAUAUACAUGAGCUGACUAUGAAAUAGAGAGGUACCCUACGCAAGCAACGCUCCAGCACCUACCCCGCCAGCACUUUUCCCCAGCCAAAACAACACCAAUAAUGACACCAGAGCGCCCAAACUCAACGCACAACUGACUCUAAGCGCCAUCCCGGCCAACACAACCACGGUCUUUGUCUCAUCAACUUCGACAGGCCCCGCCCCAACCGGAACUACAGCAAGUAUAGGAGGUAUUCAACCUCCAAAUAUUGAAAGAACCACCGAUCCAGAUAGGCCUUAUUCUGUGAACGGAGACAAAUUCACCGAUAUUGAGGAUGCUGUUGAAAGGGCUUGUGCGAUUCAGCACAAUUCUUGUGCGGAUGCUAUUAACAAUGGAGCAUUGUCGGAUGCAGAAAUUAGUGAUUGUGAUGAUCAGCUCAAGACCUGUGUUGCGGCUACUUAGACGUGGAUUCCUGGAUUGACUGCGGAGUGGAAGGGACUAAGAUUCUGUAGUUUCAGGGUCUUGUCGGCCUUUGGCAUUUCUUGCCUUUAGAUGAAGUCAGAGCCGGCCAUUCUUGAAGUCGGAAAGCCAACUCUGACUGUUCAUGCUUUAGUGUAGGAACAAAUGUAUCAUUUACGAGGCUUGCAAGGAAGAGAUGAAUCGUUACGUCUCUCUUGAAGUUCUUGCUGGAUUGAUAUUUAACCAUCCUGGAUGUGAAUGGUAAGAUCUUACUUGAGUGUCGCUGGACUGUGUGAGGGCUGAUAAGUCCAUAUUUCAGAUACCGGUCGGAUCUUUGGCUGGCCCCCGGAUUUAUGUCAGAAAAAUGUUGAAAAUAAAAAACC